AUGAGUUUCCUGUUUAAGCUUCUGUUUUUAUAUUUUUGGCUGUAUUGGAUGAAUUUAAGCUCAAUCUUUGUCACCUCAAAAAGUAGAGGAGGGCCUGGAAAUGUUAUUAGCGGCACUGUUUUUGUUAAUGGAACAGCUUCAAUAGGAAAAACAGAUGAAAAUUUCAUUUGUGCUACUGUGGAUUGGUGGCCUCCUGAUAAAUGUGACUAUGGAACAUGUAGCUGGGGAAAAGCUUCUCUUCUUAAUCUGGAUCUUUCCAACCCCAUAUUGUUAAAUGCUAUCAAGGCUUUUUCACCGUUAAAGAUCAGAAUGGGUGGUACCCUGCAAGAUAAAGUCAUUUAUGAGACAAAAGGUGAUAAAAAUCCUUGUACACCAUUUAUUAAAAAUAGUUCAGAGAUGUUUGGUUUUUCCAAAGGUUGCUUACCCAUGUCUAGAUGGGAUGAACUCAACAUUUUCUUCAAAAAAGCUGGGGCUAUGGUUGUUUUCGGCUUAAAUGCACUAAAUGGGAGGUCUGUAGGUCCAGACGGUUCUGCCAUGGGAGCUUGGAAUUUUAGUAAUGCUGAAUCGCUCAUUAGAUACACUGUCAAUCAGGGCUAUACUAUUCAUGGCUGGGAACUUGGAAAUGAAUUGUGUGGCUCUGGCAUUGGAGCAAAAGUUGCGGCAGAUCAAUAUGCAUUUGAUGUGAUCAAUCUUCAAAAUAUUGUUCAAAAUAUAUAUAAAGGGUUUGAGGUUCAACCAUUAAUAAUAGCACCAGGAGGAUUCUUUGAUGCAAACUGGUUCACACAAUUUGUGCAAAAAACACCCAAAUCUCUGCAAGUAGUGACUCAACACAUUUACAACCUUGGUGCAGGUAAUGAUAAUCAACUUAUGAAUAAAAUCUUAAAUCCAUCUUAUCUAGAUGGUGGGCAACAAACCUUUAGAGGCCUUCAAACAAUUUUGAAGAAUUCAGCAACUUCGGCAGUUGCUUGGGUUGGUGAAGCAGGGGGAGCCUAUAACAGUGGACAAAAUCUUGUUAGCAAUUCAUUUGUUUAUAGUUUUUGGUAUUUGGAUCAACUGGGGAUGGCAUCAUCCUAUGAUACCAAAACAUACUGUAGACAAUCAUUGAUUGGUGGAAACUAUGGCCUGCUUGACACUACUACAUUUGUCCCACGUCCAGAUUAUUACAGUGCUCUUCUCUGGCAUCGGUUAAUGGGAAGCAAUGUCCUUUCAACGAGAUUCUCUGGGACAACAAGUGUCCGAGCUUAUGCUCACUGUUCUAAACAAUCUCAAGGAAUCACACUGCUUCUCAUAAACUUAAAUGCUACCACUACAGUUCAAGUCCGAGUUUCGACUGAAAGUUCUGGUAGCCAUGGACGCUUGAAUUUGCAACAAGAACAAGAAGUUCCAAGGAUAAACUUUACAUCAAUGUCUAGAAAUUUUAAACCUAAUGGGAACAGUAGAGAAGAGUACCAUUUGACAGCCAAAGAUGGGGAUUUACACAGUCAAAAUGUGGUUUUAAAUGGGAAAAUACUCAUUCUAACUUCAUCUGGGGGUAUCCCUUCUUUGGAACCAGUAAAUAUGAGCAUGUUAGAUCCAAUUAUUGUUGCUCCUUUCUCUAUUGUAUUUUCUCACAUUCCAAACAUAAAACUUCCUGCCUGUAAAUAAGGAUGAAUUCUUUUGUACAAUUUCCAUAAUAAGGAUGAAAAAAAAUAAAUGCAAAAUCCAGAUUUUUAAUCAACUUUUUGACAUUACACUCCUAUCUUUCG